AUGACGAUGCAAUCGCUGAAAUACAGCGAGCGGGAGGAUAUGAUGGAGGGUUUCAGUCCGGUACCUCCUCCGCUCCCGCGGCGCCAGCCAGUCAGGAACAUCUACGCGGAACCCUUCGUAGACCCUAGGAUGGGCGGUACUGGUAUGUCGAGUGGUAUGGGAGGUGGUACUCUUGGUCACUGCCAGCUCGCCAACCAGCCCCUGGUGAUGCCGGGGUUCCCUCUUCGCGCCAGUCAACCGAGUCCUGUGCCAGUGUACUCGCCUUCACGCUUCCAUAUAGACAAGCGAUGUCAACAUCGCUGUACUUGGAAGUGCUUAGCUAUAGCCAUGAUAUGCCUCUGCGUCAUCCUGGCGGCCAUGCUCGCCUACUUUAUAGCAUUAUCGUCAAUUAAAAGUAAUAUAGACAAUUCUAAUUGUAUUCUGGUACAAGAUGUAAAAGCAGUAACACAUUCACACGGGAUUAGAGAUGCUUUAUCAACAUCUUCACCGUCAGAUGAAUCUAUCUCAACGUCAUCUUUAGGUUGGUCAACGACAGCUCAAGCUGCUUUAGAAUCAGCAGUAAUACCGCAACAAGUACAACAAGCUGCCCCGCCACCGUGGUCUCCCGCUUUAGAAGUAAGAGAAUUCGACGAACUGCAUAGUGCAACAAUUCCUGCUUAUCAGUUUUGGAGCUCUGAAUUUCGUAAUAAGCAACCAGCAUUCGUUAGCCUUAAUUUUACUGUUCCAUGGGGAGCUAAUUUUGCUGUCUAUGGAAGAAGAAAUGUCGCUCCUAGUGUAACACAGUACGACUUUGUUGAAUUUAUUCGAGGCGGUCGAGUAGAUCACAGGCUGAGAAGAAGAAGAAGUCCACAUAGAUUUGAAUCCCAUGAACCCACUUUUGUUGACAUGAAGACAUUAUUAAGCACAAUUAGUCCAUUUGAAAGAUGGAAUCAUACUAUCACUAAAAGAUCCACAGAUAUGAGGGUGAAUGUUAGUAUACUGCAAUAUCUCGAUACAGGACGAUGGUUUCUUUCAAUAUACAACGAUGAACUUCAACCACAUCAUGUCGAAAUGAUCGUUUCUGAAGCGGAAGGUGUCACGAAUUCAUGCCCAGAUGACUGUUCCGGUCAUGGAUCUUGUUAUCUUGGAAAAUGUGAAUGUAUGGACGGUUUUGAAGGACACGAUUGCUCAAAAAGCGUAUGCCCCGUCCUUUGCUCUGGUCAUGGUGCAUAUGCUGGAGGAGUAUGUCAUUGCUCAGAAGGUUGGAAAGGGGCAGAGUGUGAUAUUCCUGCACAUGACUGUGAACCCGCUGACUGCUCUGGUCGAGGACAGUGUAUGGCUGGACAAUGUCAUUGUAAAGCUGGAUGGAAGGGAGCAAAAUGUGACGAAGAGGAUUGCCUUGAUCCAACUUGUGGUGGUCACGGUUCAUGUGUCCGCGGUCGUUGCGUUUGUCGCGCUGGAUGGCGUGGCGCAGCGUGUACUGAACGUGACGCGCGUGUACAACGAUGCUUACCCGCCUGCUCUCAAAGAGGUGUAUAUGACUUGGAUGCGGGAAGAUGCGUUUGUGAUCCAUUAUAUACAGGCGAUGAUUGCUCUCAAGUGGUGUGCUCUUUGGAUUGUGGACCACACGGUGUAUGUGCGGAAGGAGUUUGUCGCUGUGAUGAUGGUUGGACAGGUUCAUUGUGUGAUCAACGACCUUGUGAUACUCGUUGCCAUGAACAUGGGCAGUGUAAAAAUGGUACAUGUGUUUGCACUCAAGGCUGGAAUGGGAAACACUGUACUUUACCGGGUUGUCCAAAUGGUUGCUCUCGUCACGGGCAAUGUUUGUUGGAAGAUAGCGUGUACCGGUGUUCGUGCGCAGAUGGCUGGGCUGGAACCGACUGCUCCAUCGCUCUUGAACUCUCUUGUAGUGACAAUGAAGACAACGAUGAAGAUGGCAUGACGGACUGCUCGGACUCUGAAUGCUGCAGCAGGCCUGAAUGCGCCGAGCAUAUAAUGUGCUUGGCCUCCAACGAUCCAGUCGAAGUGUUGCUUCGUAAGCAACCACCAUCGGUCACCGCUUCCUUCUACCAACGCGUCAAAUUUCUUAUCGAAGAAAACUCUGUACAAAGCUACGCACAUAUGGAUGAAUAUUCAGAAAGCGAGUUCUGGAAUUCCUUUACACCAUGCCGAGUGUCGGUGAUGCGGGGGCAGGUAGUGUCGCCGCAGGGGCUCGGCAUCAUCGGCAUCAGGGUCUCUGUUGACCGCGAGGCCAGAUUUGGAUUCACGCUUACAAGACAAGGCGGAUGGUUCGAUGUGUUGGUGAACGGCGGAGGAGCAGUGACUCUACAGUUUCAGCGGUCGCCAUUUAAGCCUUUGAGGAAGACAGUUUUCGUGCCAUGGAAUCAAAUUGUUGUAUUACCACCUGUUCAGAUGGAACUCAGUGACGACAGCAUUAAAGUACCGACGCCGAGAGCUCCUCCGAGGCUAGAUUGGUCACCGAUGCCCCAAUGGUGGGAGGCUGAAACUCCUCCGUGCAGUGCUCAUGAUCACGAACGACUCAGGCCUGAGGUGGUCGCAAUGCCAGCUCUCGCCGCCCCGGCAGUUUCAUCUCCUACCACAUCCACUGUUAUAUACCCUGAAGCUCAGAUCGUUAGUGAGUCCAUCGGCAUACCGGGUUCGUCUGUAAAGUUAACAUACCGUUCGUCGCAAGCAGCUGGAUAUUUAUCUUGUGUACACAUCCAAUUGACCCGAAGAGUGGUUCCGGCGUCUCUUACACGGGUUCAUGUGCGUGUUGAAAUCGAGGGUUCUCUACACACUCACACUUACGAAGCGGACCCUGAUUUGACCCAUGUGUUUGCUUGGAAUAAGAGGAAUGUCUAUAAACAAAAGGUGUACGGUCAAGCUCAAGCUAAAAUAUCAAUUGGCUACGAAUACACAACUUGUUCAGCAAUAGUUUGGGAAACGCAGACUGCCACUUUAUCUGGUUUUGACGUAGAUAUUUCUGACAUCGGAGGAUGGGGUUUGGAUAUUCACCAUCAUUACAACUUCCAUGAAGGCAUACUGCAAAAAGGAGACGGGGCUUUAUUACAUUUGAAACAAUAUCCUAGAACUGUACAGGUUGUAAUGGGCACAGGUCUUCAAAGAUCACUGAAUUGUCCUGAUCAUUGUAACGGGAAAGCAGCGGACUCUCGACUUCUUACGCCAACUGCUCUUACAUCUGGGCCUGAUGGAUCUCUUUAUGUCGGCGACUUCAACCUCGUCCGUCGUAUUACACCUGAAGGAGUAGUUACAACCAUAUUACAGUUAGAAACAACACAAGUCGCAUAUCAAUACUAUAUCUGCAUAUCGCCAGCAGAUGGGUAUCUUUACAUAUCAGACUCGGAAAGGCAUCAAGUAAGAAGAGUCAUAGUUCUAGAUAAAGUGCGUGACCCAGCAACUAAUUCUGAACCUAUUGUUGGAAACGGAGAUCGAUGUGUACCAGGAGAUGAUACCAACUGCGGUGAUGAAGGACCUGCUGUCAAAGCAAAGUUGGCCCACCCGAAAGGUCUCGCUAUUGCAGCAGAUAGAACAAUGUACAUUGCAGAUGGAACUAAUAUUCGUGCUGUUGAUCCCAGUGGCAUUAUACACACUCUUGUAGGACACCAUGGACACCAUAACCAUUGGUCACCGGUUCCGUGUCGUGGUGCAAUCCCUCCAUAUGAUGCUCAAUUACAAUGGCCUACUGGCGUUGCUUUAUCUCCAUUAGAUGGUUCAUUAUACUUCAUAGACGAUAGAAUAAUUCUCAAGUUGACUGUUGAUAUGAAAAUAAAAGUAGUUGCUGGUCAACCCUCACACUGCAGACUUGGAAGUGAUGGUAAGCCAAUCGCCAAACCUGCAAACAGAACGAAUACAGAUUUUAGAGAAGAUUCUAGCUUGGGAACAAUUUUGGCUUUAUCAUUUGCACCAAGCGGAAUUCUAUAUGUAGCCGAGUCAGAUGCUAAGAAAACAAAUACUAUUAAAACGAUUGAUCCCUCUGGAAAGAUCAUGCAUUUUGCUGGGAAGUUACAAGAAAACUUAAAAGAAUUAAGUUGUGAAUGCAACACUUCAAUUUCGGCCACUGUUAUACCUACAAAUCCUAGAGACGAAGUCGCUGGAUGCCCAUGUCGCUUGAGUGUAGCAGUUGGAGAUGAACCCCCAACUAACACAGAAACUUUACUAUCGUCUAAUGCUAAAUUCCAAACAAUUUCCGCAUUAGCCGUCACUCCUGAUGGCGUUUUGAACGUUGUUGAUCAAGGCUCGCUGCAUAUAUUGGCAUUAAAACAUUAUUUACCGUCUCAUGAUGAAAAUGGAGAAUUUAGAAUACCGUAUCCACCAACAUCUGAAAUUUAUGUAUUUAAUCGUUACGGUCAACAUAUAACAACAAAAGAUUUAACAUCAGGAAAGACUAGAUAUUCCUUCUUAUAUUCAAAGAACACUAGUUUUGGCAAAUUGUCAACGGUAACAGAUGCUUCAGGCAACAAAAUUCAACUAUUAAGAGAUUACAGUAACAUUGUUAGUUCUAUUGAGAACACACAAGAUCAUAAGCUCGAACUUAAAAUAUCAGGAAUUGGUUAUUUAACAAAAAUAACGGAAAAAGGAACUUCUGAAAUAGAAUUGGAUUACGAUGCAAACAGUGGAUUACUUAACAGUCGAACAGGGGCUGGUGAUACAGUUAUUUACACGUAUGAUGAACUUGGUCGUGUUACAAAAAUUAUAAUGCCAUCAGGGGAACAAGUUCAUAUUACCUCGGGACUCGCUAAAAAUUAUGGUCUCGCUGUAACUGUUUCAAAUCCAACAAGUACAAUUCCAGUAGGCGUCUCAAAGAAAUGUGAAUAUGUUUUGCAUGGCCAGUCCUUUAAACAAAUCACCAUUAACAACGGAAAGCAAAUAACAGAAGGCCGUAUGUUUACUAACAAUACUUUAGUUAUUGAUACGCCAUGGUCAGGAAAAUUCGAAAGCAUUGCAGCUGCAAAGCAUCCUUUACUUGAAGCUGCUUUACCUAUUGAAGCUGAAAUGCUUCAUAUGUGGUCACAUCAAACUACUACCUUUGGAGACGGCUUAAUCAAUAAUAUGUACUCCUUAUACACAUUAGUUGGUGAUGUGAGGAAUCCUCAACAAACCCUUAAUAGAGAAAUUUGGGUUAACGAUUCUCGAGUUUUAAUCAUUGAGUUUGAUCAAUUUAAGAGCAAAGAAACUUUCUUCAAUGCAGAUCGGAUUUCUUUGUUUACCAUUGCAUAUGAUGUAGCUGGGUUGCCACUAUCUUUUACGCCUCAUGGCGCUGGUGUGCCUCUCAAUAUAUCAUACGACAGAUUUUAUAGGAUAAAUGGGUGGAAAUGGGGCGUCACAGAAGAAUCAUAUAGUUAUGACCCUCACGGCAUGCUGUCUGAAAUAACUAGCUCUCAAGAUGGCACUAAAUUUAUUUAUUACAACGAUGGAAAUCUCGUCUCUAGAAUAUCAUUAGCUAGUCAAAGAAACUUUAAAUAUAAGUACGAUGGAGACGGUGGAUUGACCCAUGUUAUAUUACCUUCUGGAAGUAAUCAUUCAUUUAGUGUUCAACCCUCAAUAGGCUUUUUACGUGUAACGUACACACCACCGGGGUCUACCAAGAAAUAUUUACAACACUAUUCUCAUACUGGAGAACUUUUGCAAACUGUUUUCCCAGGUGAUGGCGCUCGCAUUAUUUAUCGCUACUUCACUACCAAUAAAAUAUCAGAAGUGAUUCACGGAGACGGUCAAACUCAAAUUCAUUACUCCGAAAAUAGUGGUUUACCCUCUGAAAUAUUACAUGUGGAUAGAGAUGUAGAUUACCGUUGGGAAGCGACUUACGCUGGAGGAUUACUAGUUGAAGAAAGGCUGGACUACGGUGCAAAAACAGGAUUGAGCAACGCAAAAAUUAUUUACGAAUACGAUAAUAACUACAGGGCAACGGCCGUACAAGGACGUAUAGGUGGUCAGACACUUAUACCACAUCACAUAGUAUAUAAUAGUAAAACGGGUGCUCCUGAAGUUUUAGGUCAAUUUACUGUUUCUAAGCAAAAGUGGAAUGAAACUUCUGUAUACGAUGGUAUUGCAAUGUUUUCAAGAACUUUGAGUGAACAGUUUCUUGAAAAAGAAAUAACUGUUAACAUUCAUAGGAUGGAAGUGUUCAGGAUGGAAUUUUCUUACGACAGACACGGUAGAAUAUCACAAACUCGAACGCACACUCGAAAUGUUGGAGUCAAUACAUAUACUAAUGUAAAAAAUUAUACUUGGGAUUGCGAUGGUCAAUUAACUGGCGUAGAAGCACAGGAACCAUGGGGCUUUAGGUAUGAUGAUAAUGGGAACAUGCUUUCCUUGACGUAUAGGGGAAAUACUAUCCCUAUGGAAUACAAUGACAUGGAUCGUAUAAUUAAAUUCGGCGAAGGCCAAUAUCGUUACGACAGCCGAGGUCUCGUUUCUCAAAACGCCAGAGAGGAACGGUUCCAAUACAAUGCUAAAGGAUUAUUGAUAAGGGCUACAAAACGAGGCAGAUUUGACGUCCGUUACUACUACGACCAUCUUGACAGAUUAUCUACGAGAAAAGAUAAUUUUGGAAAUGUCACACAAUUUUUCUAUACUAAUAAAGAAAAGCCACACGAGGUUAGCCAUAUUUAUUCACCAAGAGAAAAUAGAUUCAUGACGCUGGUUUAUGACGACAGAGGACAUCUUAUUUAUACUCAGGUUGCCCGACACAAGUAUUACAUUGCUACAGAUCAAUGUGGAACACCAGUCAUGGUAUUUAAUCAAUAUGGAGAAGGCAUUCGUGAAAUAAUGAGAUCUCCAUAUGGCCAUAUUGUCUAUGAUUCCAAUCCAUAUUUAUAUUUACCAGUAGAUUUUUGUGGUGGGUUAUUAGAUCAAGUUACAUCCCUCGUUCAUAUGGCAAACGGAAAAGUGUAUGAUCCUCUCAUUGGGCAAUGGAUGUCUCCACUUUGGGAAAACCUAAUUGAAAGAAUACAUAAUCCCACUCAGCUGCAUCUAUACAGAUUCAAUGGGAAUGAUCCAAUUAACGUCCGACCACAAAAUAAGAAACCAACAGAUCACUUAUCUUGGCUAAAACUUCUCGGCUAUGACACCAAGAGUCUGGCACCGCAAUUGUAUCCUGAUGAAUUGCCAGGUGGCUCAAUACUACCAAGUAUUCCACGGGGUCGGCCAGUAUGGGGAACCGCACCAGUCGACGGUGGCCCAGGACUACCAUCUGCAAUGUCGUUACUGCCAAGCGUUACCAUUGAAUCUGGUUUCCUAUCUCACAUGGCAAAUAAGAGGAUAGCUGAUUUCAGAAGUCUUUCUAUACCAGCAAUGUCUGCAUUAAAAACGGAUGCCCUCAACCUUGCACCAAAACGAAUUGGUUCUGAUUCCGAACCACCUUUCGGCCGUGGUAUUUUAAUUUCACGUAAUUCACGUGGACGUGCAGUAGUCACAACAGUUCCAUCCGCAAACGCUAUAUAUCGAGACGUUUAUACAUCGGUUUUUAAUAGAUCCCAUUUACUGCCGUUCUCUUUCGUAGUUCAUGGGGACCAGCAAGAUGUGUUUUAUUUUGUAAAAGAAGAUACGUGGCGCGCGGCCGACGAUAAACAACAACUGAAACGUAUGCAAGGAAAGUUAAAUGUAACGUUCCACGAGGUAGCUGAAGGCGGUCGUUCCUAUGCAGAUGUCAAGAUUCACGGACAAACAAGUAUUGUGAACCUUCGUUACGGAACGAGCGCUGAAAGAGAGAAACAACGUCUUCUUCAUCAUGCUAGAGCUUCUGCAGUGCGGAAGGCUUGGCACAGAGAAAGGGAGGCGUUGCGCGCUGGACUAGGAGGCUCAUUAGAUUGGUCAGCGGCAGAGUUAGACGAAAUACAGAAAGCGGGUUCGGCGGCCGGCUACGAGGGCGAAUAUGUUCACGAUGUCGCGCGAUACCCCGAGCUCGCUGAGGACCCGUACAACGUGCGUUUUGUGAAGAAACGCUCAGACCGAGCGGAAAGGCGACGACGGAAGCGUGAAGAUUGCAAAGCGCCCUGGUGGCUCGCUUGGGACGACCUCUGC